AUGGGCUUACAAUACGAUGUCACCCGGGACGUACGCCCAUUCUCUGGGGAGGAUAUCCUUGCUUACGCCACAUUUCAAUCACAGUGGAAAAGAGCGGAGUCCAGGCUUGAGGAUAUUGGCAAGGGUCCCAUCGAACUCUUACAAGAAUUCAAACGGGUUCUUAAGGGACAAGCAUUGCAACUGGUUGAGUAUCUCCCUGAAAUCGACGAAAACUAUGCCAAAGCGAUCGCUCAGAUCCGACGUGUUUACGAUGACCCAUCGGUUCAGAUCAAAACAAUUGUCGACAGACUUAUUGACAUGCCUACAAUCGAAUAUAAUAAGGCCUCCCUUUUAAAAGGGUUUUCAUUCGUCAAUCAAGCCUUACAAAGCUUUGAUGGUUUGCAUCUCACAGCAGAUGAUCUGAGCACCAUCUUUUUCAUUUCUCUUUGCGAGAGAAAAUUGAACAAGAACUCUUUGCAGACCUGGCACAAGUAUGUUCAGUCAAAAGUAGAUCCGAAUCUACCCAUGGGAAUAGAUAUAUCCCGGGAGGCUUUCCUGGAUGUUCUCCUAAAACAAGUAAAACUGGCUCCUGAUCGUGGCGUUGUGUGUGAGGAGGAAUCAAAAUCCAAAGCUUACAAGAGCCACUCCAAAGGGUCGGCACCUGCAACUUUCCUCGCGACCCAGGACCACAAAUGCUUGUUUUGCAAUCGAUCUGGACAUAAGAAUUUCGCGUGUUUUAAGAUGCAGAAAAUGGGUUAUGAAGGAGUGGAAGACAUACGAAGAGCAAAUAGAUUGUGCACAAGAUGUUUGGAGCCCUACAACUUUGAGCAUCGUAAACAGUGCAAGGGUCCCAUUUGCUCUGUCCAGGAUUGUGGAAGACCCACGAGGCACUGCAAAUACCUCCAUAAUCCUAAUACUCAAUCAAUUUAUGUUCAGCAAAGCCCAGGUGUCGACCAGGCUUCUGAGCGUGACCUGGAUAACCCGGUUUGUUCACCGAUGGUCAGCAUUGCAAAGCAAGUUGAAAAUGGUCAAAUGCGUGGAAUUUUGCGCACUUGCAUUGGAUUCAUCAAGAACAUUGGGGAUGGAGAACUCCUCAAGGUAAGGUUUCUCCUGGAUGCAGCGGCUGAGCAAAAUCUGAUAAGGCGGAGGUGUGCUCAAGAUCUUGGCCUGGAUGGUCCACGUCAGUACCUUCAAAUGAGCGUAGCUGGAGGCGGAAGUUCUAAACGUACUCAGGAGAAAAUCGUGGAGUUUCAAAUCCAGUCGUUGGAUGGGUCUUAUACUUCAAACCCUAUCAAGGCAACAUCUAUAUCCAGUAUUGCGCAACCAGUUAAGCCAAUAACCCUAAAUAGAAGCGACUUUGCCCACCUCCAUGACAUAACCUUUACUGAGGAAUAUCCGUCCUCUGGAGAACUUUGUCUCGAUGUUUUUAUCGGAGAACCAUUGUUUACCCAUUUGUGUAUUGCACCUCCAGUGACAGGGCUCCUGUCCGAGCCCGCCGCACAACACACAAAAUUGGGAUGGAUUUUAUGUGGAGCACAUCCGAAAGGAAGUGCGGAAAUUCCUGCCGUAAAAUAUACCGUAAUGGCGACCUUUUCGCGAACACCCAUGGAUCUACAAAGUUUCUGGCAACAAGAGCAUUUGGGCAUCUCUCCCAUCGACGAUAGCCUGACAGUUGAGGAAGAAGAGGCAAUGCAAAUGAUGAGCCAAAUGUCAAGUUAUGAUCCAAGAAGAAAGAAAUGGUCCUCUUCCCUUUUGUGGAAAGAUGAUCCGAAUUAUGUCCUUGCCAAUAACUAUAUAAAAGCAAAAGGUGUCAUGACCAGCGUGGAGAAGCGAACGAAGCCCGAACACAGAGUGCUCCUGAAUGAAGCUUAUUCCACCAUGAUUGAACAAGGCACCGCGGAGCGAGUACCAGAUGAUGAAAUCAAUCCAAAUGAUGGACGUUUCCUGUAUUAUCUUGAAACACAUCCCAUUCUCAAGGAGAGCACAACAACGAAGUGUAGAGUUGUAAUGAACGCUUCUAGUAAAGAUGGACAAUCCAAGAAAUCCUUAAACGACCUAUUAUAUACGGGCCCCAAUCUUCUCCCAGACAUUGCUGAGCUUCAGUUGCGAUUCCGCGCGAAGAAAAUAGCGAUCAUUGCUGACAUUACGAAGAUGUUCUUGUCCAUCGAGCUACAUUCAGACCAUGAUGCUCUUCGCUAUUUUUGGAGAAAUUUAGACCCCAACCAAAAGACACAAGUUUAUCGGAUGGUGGCAGUAACAUUUGGGAUAAAGUCAUCCCCGUUCCAAGCCAUUUGGUGCCUACUACAGACAGCUGAGAUGUUUGCCAAUGAUUACCCGGAAGCAGUUCAGGAAAUCCGUUCCAACUUGUACAUGGACGAUCUCUCGACCACGGCUGAUAGUGAAGAUCUUGCAAGAAAACUCUUGGACGACGUGGUUACAGUCUUGGAUUUGGGUGGGUUUAGGGCCCACAAAUUUGCGAGCAACUGUUCUGGAGUUCUCGUGGACCUGAGAAGUGAUGACUGCUUGACGGGUAUGGUCUCAACUCUUGGGCUCCAGUGGGAUACACUUCAGGACACCCUUGGAUUCAAUUACAUGAGUUGA